UUUUAUUCAAACAGAAAUUUUAUUUUUUAUUGUUUAUUAUCUCGACUUCAAGAUGACCAAUCAAAUAACAGCUUUGGAAGCGAAUUUGUCGCCGUUGACUAUACAAGAUACUUCAAAUGUUGAAAUUGACCCUUUAAAUUCUCUCAUAAACGGUCAAAUUAAUUGUAUUAAGAAAUCACUGAAUACAAUUACUGCUUUAAUUCCAACUGUGAAACCAGAACAGAUGCCUAUCCUUCAAAGUUUAAUUGCAACACUUAGUGAUCAAUACGAAAUAUUGACAAAAUCGUUGGCUCUUCGUCAAAAUCGCUUAUCUGUUGGUUCUCAUAUGAGUGUGGAAGGUCAACUUCCCGAAUUAGAUGAGGUUGAAAAAUUUUGUUUUUACACCUCGAAUUUUGAUGAAAAAACAAGCAAAGAGGUCAGAUCUGCAGUUAUCUGCAUUCAUCCAUUCUACUUCGCAAAAUAUGCCGAUACAACUUUGGUCGAAUAUAAAGAGAAUGUCACCAAAGUUGAAGUUUAUAAGGACAGCAAAGAAUUCAAUACUACAGCAGUGUUCGUUUCAAAUGAACAAGAUUUUGUGAUUCUAAAGUCGGAAGAAAAAAUUUGCAAUUUUGGACCCGAAAUUUGUGAAAAGAUGUGUUGUGGAAGCAUUUAUCUUUGUGGCGGCUUUACUAAUGAAAUCGACAAACUCAAACCAUGCAGGAAAAAUGGUUGUCUUCAGAGUUCUAAAACUGAGAGAAUUAAAAGUGGUGGCGAAUUACGUGGUCCUUAUCUUAUUGCCGAUGUUACUGCUUCAGAUGUCGACUCUGGUUCUGCAGUUUUCUGCACUCAUGGCUUGAAGGGUAUUUGCAUUGGAGCGCUGGAAUUGCCAGAGUGUUCAUCUAAAGAUGUUUCUGGAGAAUCUGCUGCUUGUCUUUCUAAAUGUGCGGUUAUUGCAGCAAUUGAUAUUAUGCGUAUGGUUGAUUUGCUUGAAAGAGAGGCGCGAGGAGAUCCACAGCCAACAUUUUCAUUUGGUGAUGAUUAA